UUGCAGACAGGAUUCUACGUGUUGGGCUUCCUAAAUACAGGUUCUGCAGACAGGGUUUAUGCUGGACCCCCCAGUCUGUGCUGUGUUUCAGGUCGUUGCCUGGGCUGAGCAGCACAAAGGACCAGGGGAGAAGGCUGCAUCCAUCUCUGCAUUUGGAGGAAUACACUGGAUUGGGAGCAGAAGAGGGAGAAACGCUACAGGCUUAAUUACCCACGUCUGUUAAGAAACAGACCAAGACUGCGCACAUCCAGAGAAAUAGAGACAGAUAUUUUGAAUUUUGGGAGAAAGAAUGGACAGAAGAAGAUAGUCUUAGCUGUAAUAAGACAAAUUAAUAAAUACUUGCAUAUUGACAGGAAGAAAAACAGGGCCGGUGCUACCUGCCGGGAGGUGAAAUGUGACUGUUAUCGAUGCUGGCCAAAGGCAGGUUGCAGCAACAGCAGGGAAUUCCACUGGCUGGAUGUCUGAUAAUCUGAGGCAGGGCUGUGAGUGGUGCGUAGUACCACCAAAUCCAGCACAACUGUGGCGGGGAAGAAAUUCUCCAAUAUGCCCACAGAGAUGCUUCAGCCAGAAGGUUUAGGCAAGGAUGCCAAUACACCCGUUGCCACAGUUGGCCUGGCUCAACCUGGCGUGGUGCCCUUGCGGAUUCUCAACAAGGGUCCCGAAUACUUCAGACGACAGGCCGCAGAGCAGCACCAACCCCAUCGUAUGAGCGCUGUGGAAAGGCUAGAGGCGGACAAGGCCAAGUACGUCAAGAGCCAAGAGGUGAUCAAUGUCAAGCAGGAGCCUGUCACAGCAGCUCAACUUCUUCCCAGCCCGCCUGGACCCCCUGGUGGCUCUGCUCAUGGUCCCAGAAGAGACGGCAGCGGCCCUGCUCUCAAAGCAUCCAACAACAACAAUGGCAAAUCCGAGGCGGGCCAAGCCAAACGAGCCAAUCUCAACUUAGAGAUCCUGCGGAAUCUGCUAAACAGUUCAGAGAGCACGGUGGGCCAGGGCAACGGGGCACGAAGCUGGGCCCCGCAGCGCUCCCGCUCCAGUGAGUUGCACCGCCGCUCCUUUGCCGAGUCGCUGCGUGUGUUUCCCACGCAGGGGGCCAACCUGAACUUGAGCGCCAGCCUCCUGCAGGAACGACCUGUCGAGGGCCUACUGCACCUAUCACUCAGCUCUUCAGACUUGCGCUUGCCCCUCCGCGUGAAGCCCGGGGUUAGCGGAGGCUCUGGUCCACCCCCACCACCCAAGCCCCAUGUCUCCAUCCCGCGGAGGCCAUCACUGAAUCGGUCAAAAUCGGACCUGAGCGAGCGAUAUGCCCGGGCGGGCGCUGAUGUGGAGCGAUUCUUUAACUACUGUGGGUUGGACCCUGAAGAGCUGGAGGGUCUGGGUGUGGUAGAGAGCUUCACCCGCGCCAACUCCGACCUCCUCUCCCUCAACUUCCGCAGUGCCAGCAUGAUCAGCUCCGACUGUGAGCGUUCGCUGCACAGCAACGACAACUUGACAGAGGACGAGGACUCGGCAGAGCGAGUCCCCUAUGGAAUAUCUGCUGUCGAGCGCAACGCACGUGUUAUCAAAUGGUUGUAUAGCAUCAAACAUGCGCGAGAGUCUCAGAAAGUCUCCCAUGUUUGAGAGGACUCAAGCUUAAUUAGUUAUGCGCAACUAGCUACAUAAAUCCUUCAUAUCCCAUAGGCAAUAAAUGAGUACAACAGCUACAUAGGUAGAUCUUAAACGCUUUGUGAUGUAUUCAACAUAACAUCUUACAACGCAUUGAUGGUUAAGUAUAAGAUAUUGAUGUUUUGGUAAGCCUAAUACUUAAUUGGAAGGUCUACUUAUAAACCCCUGAACCAUUUGUCAACCAAUAGUCAACUGUAAAUCAUAAUGUAUAAUGUAUUUUUCACUCAAGUUAUUACACAAUGUGUCUUUAUUUCAUAACGGAUUUCAUGUCAGAUUUCAUAGCACUAAUAUGACUUAUGAAGACAUCCAAAGAUACUAUGAAAAUUACAUUUGAGAAAGACAUUUUGUGAAUGUAAACCAGGCUCAUAAUUUGCUUGUAAGUACAUAAUAUAAUUGUUUGGCUACAUGCAUGUGUAUAGUAAAACAUCUAUAUGUGUAAAGUAUUUAUUAAAGACAUUUGAUACAUAUGUAAACAAACAACAUAAGGCAACCUGUGUAAAGGUAACAAUGUUACACAGAUUUUUGUUUCUUGUAGUUUAAAAGCAGGCAUUGAAAUAAAGUGUUUCCAGUUAAGUAAUGUCAAACAAUUUAAAGUAGACCUAAAUUGUACUGAAAUUGUACCGCUAAACAAAUCUUUGUGUCUUGUUGUUUAAAAGCAGGCAUUCAAAUAAAGUGUUUCCAGUUAAAUAAUGUCAAACAAUUUAAAGUAGACCUAAAUUGAACCUAAAUUGUACCGCUAACCAAAGUUCCUCCCGAAAGACAAGACAAUUGCCUCUAACCACAGAACACUGAAAGUCAUUGACUGUUCAUAUCAUGACAUUCUCCUGUGUACGGGCAGCUGUUUUUGUAAGUCUGUUUUGUCCUUCAAAGAUAAGUUGCACUAUAGGGUGUUGCUAUUUCAUCAUGUUUACUUAGUGCAUACAGUAAGGUUGUAAAUUCUUCAUGUAGAUGUUGUUAUUUAUUAUCCAUUAUGCAUUAUUUGAUCUACAACAGGAAUUUGAGGUAAAAAAAACCUUGUCCUGUCAACCUGCAUGCUCCCCCACACCUGCAGUUCUUAGACAGAAGCACGCUUUCAAGGUGGCUGCAAUACAUUUUCAAAAGAAGGUUAAAGGUCCAGUGCAGUCAAACAUGUGAUUUUCCUUUUUUUAAUGCUGUUUCCACACUAUUAAGUUGAAAUAAAACUAAUAAUGCCUUUUUGUGUAAAAGCUGUUUGAAAGAAUAGACCGGUGAUUUUGAAGGUAAGGAGUGGCUCUAAAUCAUUCUAUGAGCUAAAUGUAAAUAUGUUGGUUUCCUAAAGCUUACCUGACUAGACUGAGCAUUUUAAGGGCCAAGAAGGCUCAGGGAAAUACAUGUAGCAUUUUUGUCGAACAAAGUAAAUAAGCAGAUGAUGAUUUAAAAAUGCAUUUAAAAAGACUGCAUGGCAGUGCUUAAGUAAACACUGGCGCAGUCAGUAUUAUCUGAGUUCAUGGAAUGCUACGUCACUGAUUCUUGAGGUUAAGUACAUAUGUUCUGCUAUUUUGGUAUCAGUGUUGAUGCCUCGCUCCAGUGUGCUUAUAUCAGUGCCCAAAAUGUAUGUCUGUGUGCAAGCACUAUGUAGAGACAAUUCAGCUGGUGGAGCAGGAUCAACAUCUCUGUGUGGUUCUAUCUGCAGUAACUUCCAUGUGGUCAUUUGUUGUUCUCCACGGCAAAUAAGGACAGGAUGAAUAUGUUUGGACACUGUUUAUGGUUUCAAUGAAUUACCAGUGAUCUGUUAAUAUCUCAGCUGCACAAGAGCUUUUGUAUUGUGUAAAAUAUACUGCUAGCAU